AUGACAAUCGACGGCGUCUGGGAAGGUCUUUACAACGGUCUAAAGUCCGUCUACUUACGAGAGGUGAUGAAAUCUCAACGAUACAUGGAACUCUACACAAGUGUUUACGAUUUCUGCACCGCCAUUUCUGUUAACCAGUCGCCAGGAGUUGUUGGUCGAGCCAGUCGGUCGAACGCCCGCUCAUCCCAUAGGAAUCUCGCUGCCGAAGAUGGAGCAGCGCCAGCUACAGACUUUGUCGGCGUUGAAAUGUACUCGAAACUCAGCGCUUUUAUAGAGACAUACGUUAAAGAGAAACUGGAAGGCGCUCGAGACCUUCUCGGGGAGGAUUUAUUACACUACUACACGACGCAAUGGUCAGAAUUUCGGUUUUCUUCGAAGGUCGUUGAUGGAAUCUUCUCGUACCUUAAUAGACAUUGGAUCAAAAGAGAACUGGACGAGGGAAAUGGAAACAUUUACAUGAUCUAUACGUUAGCGCUCGUAAUUUGGAAACGGAUUUUAUUCAUGGAAAGCAAGGAACGUGUCACCGACGCCGUGCUUGAGCUCAUCAGACGAGAACGCAAUGGUGAAACUGUGUGCAGAAAGCUUAUACGUGACGUCACCGAUUGUUACGUCGAACUGGGGAUAGAAGAAGACGAGAGUCCGAAUCAAGACCGCAACUCUCAGUCGAAUCCUAAUGCGAAACUUAGAGUUUACAUGGAUUACUUCGAAGCGAAGUUUCUGAAAGAGACAGAGAACUACUAUGCUAAUGAAGCACAGAUUUUCCUAGAGAGCAAUCCAUUGACGGAAUACAUGAAGAAGGUUGAAAGAAGGCUAGAAGAUGAACGGGCACGAUGUGACAUGUAUCUACACAUGGCCACACAGGAACCACUAUCAAAGACAUGUGAAAAGGUUCUUAUUGAAGCGCAGCUUGAAUUAUUCCAACAUGAAUUCGGCGCGCUGCUAGAAGCAAACAAGGAUGACGAUUUAGCAAGGAUGUACAAAUUGUGCGAACGCGUCGAGGAUGGAUUGAAUAACCUACGUUCCGCAUUGGAAGCACACAUAACCAAAGAAGGUCUUGCUGCUAUUGCCAAAAUUGCAGACGCAGCCUUCACCGAUGCUAAGCUCUACGUCACUACAAUUCUCUCUGUUCAUAAUCGAUAUUCAUCUCUUGUCGGAAGCGCGUUUCAGAACGAGUCCGGUUUUAUCCAGGCGCUUGACAAAGCUGCAACCACUUUCAUUAACAAGAAUGCUGUAACUCGUCGCUCACCACAACAGUUGAGCAAAUCACCUGAACUACUCGCAAAGUAUUGCGACCAGCUCCUUCGGAAAAGUAGCAAAAUGCCAGAGGAGAACGAGCUGGAGGAUAUGCUCUCUCAAGUUAUGGUGGUAUUCAAAUAUAUCGAGGACAAAGACGUCUUUUCCAAGUUCUACACAAAGAUGUUCAGCAAAAGGCUUAUAUCAGAAACGUCAGCGUCAGAAGAAGCAGAAGUUAGCUUGAUUAACAAGUUGAAGCAGAUGUGUGGAUUUGAAUACACAAAUAGAUUGUCCAAGAUGAUCAAUGAUACUCAAAUCAGUAAGGAUUCUUGCUCUGAGUUCCGUGAUUAUUUGAAUAGCCGCAAGAUCGACUUGACAAUGGAUUUUAGUAUGCUCAUUUUGAGUUCUGGAUCAUGGCCUGCCUUGCCGACGCUCAAGAUGCAUCUUCCUCGAAUGCUCAACAUGGCCAUCGAACACUUCACAUCUUUUUACAAUUCGAAACAUAGUGGAAGGAAACUGACAUGGGUGUUGUCACAGUCCCGUGGCGAAAUGUAUUCAUAUGGUUUUGGAAAAAAAUACGUUCUCACCGUAAGUGGAUGUUCUUAUCUUUCUACAACGGGAUUUACUUUUCAGACAACAACAGCGCAAAUGGCUGUCCUUCUUUUAUUCAAUGAUUCGCUUGAAUACACAACUGGAGCAUUAGUGGAUUCUUUAGGCAUGGACAAGAAAACUCUAGCGCAAGUCCUCGUUUCUCUAAUCAAGAACGACGUUUUGAAAAGCUCGGGAAGUUUGGAGACAUCUAGUGAGCCGAGUGAUGAGAUUGUAAUCAGCUUAAAUUUGAAGUAUUCAAAUAAGAAGGUCAAGGUUGAUCUAUCGAAAAUGGUUAUGCGAUCUGACCCUAAACAAGAAACAGAGCAUGUUCAAAAGAACGUUGAUGAGGAUAGGAAAAGUGUAAUCAAUGUUUUGCAACAACUGACAGCUCGAUUCAAGCCAAGCGUCGACAUGGUGAAGCGUUGUAUCGGUCAACUUAUAGAGAAGGAAUAUAUGCGUCGUGAUGAAACCGCUCGAGACAUGUACGAGUACAUGGCGUAG